AUGAUGCAUGACUGCAUUAUUCCAGUUUCAUUUUGGCGAGUAGCCGAUUCUCAUUUUUCUUCGUUACGUUUUUUUUUUUUCCAUCGAAGUUUCUUUGUUGGCUUCCUUUUCUUUCCUUUUUUUACCCGAAUUUCUCAUUUGUUUCUCUUUUUCUUUUAUUUUUUUAUUGCUUUUUUUAUUCGAUUCCUUCUUUCUCUUUUGUUUUCUUUAAUUCUCCCUUACACUUUUCUUUCUUUCUUUCUUUCUAUUUUCUUUCAUUUCUUAUUCACUUUCCUGCAUUUCUUAUUUGAUUCUCGUUUUUCUUCUAUUUUCUCGUCUUACACUUUCUUUCUUUUUUUUCAAUACUCAGUUUUAUAUUUUGUGUUUCACUUUAAUAUUCUGUGCUUCUUUACUUGGUCUUCAUGCAACGUUAUCCAUUUUUGCCUUGCUGUUUCUCGGUUAGUUCCUUUUCAACCGUCGCUUUUAUCGGUACCCGACUCCACCACAAGUACCUUAUGUCUCUUACUUCUCUGUAUCUAUAUAACUCCCUCCUCUAUUCUAGGCCAAUUCUUACUCCCUCUCCUUUUAUUCUUUCCUUUUUCUUUUUUCCUUCUUUUCUUCUUUUGCCGUUCAAGUUUCCUGUGA